UGUUGGUAGAUGGGACAGAUGGAGAAAAGGAGAGGAUGAGCGUGCUACACGCAGUCAGGAUUUUCAUUAGAAUAAAGCAGAAUCGCUAGUGUUUUUCUGAUUUACUGAACCGUUUACCUUCGUAUUUGUUCUUCUUGCUUGCUCCCCAAAAUGACCACCCGUGGACCAAGCAUCGUGUUUGAGUGGCUGAAGACCCUCCAGCUCUCUCAGUAUGUGGAGUCCUUCGUGGAUAACGGCUAUGAUGAUCUGGAAGUUUGCAAACAAAUUGGGGACCCCGACCUGGAUGCUAUCGGUGUCUACAUACCGCACCACCGGCGAAGGAUCAACAACGCGGUGCAAAGGCUGAAAGAUGAGAAUGAGGAAGCCGCCGGGCUUUACUUCACACUUGAGCCAAUGCCCACCAUCCCCCCCAACAGCCACCUGUUGGAACAUUACGAGUCCAAACUCUGGGGGUCAAAGUCUUGGACCGAACCGGACAGUGACUGGGUCGGGAGGAAUGGGGGUACAUAUCUGUGCGUGCAAAGGAACCUGAUGCUUGGCAACCGAAGGGAGUUGGUGAUUUACCCCAAAAUGAAGCUGAAGAUCAUGAUUAGGGAUAAAGUCAUCAGAGAUGGCAUCAACAUCGCCAGGCCACCAUACUCAAACAAGUGUGUUCUCAGGUGA